AUGCUUUCUGAUUAUAGCGACGAUACUGAAAGUACCGGGUCAGAACCGAAGGAGAAUGAUUACUGUUUUAUAGAUAAGUCUACUUACACGUACAUCGACGGGAGGAAAUAUAAUAAAAAAUACGAAUUGCCAGCAGAUGAUGAAGAAGUAACGAGAGAACAACUUCAACAUUACUUGAUGAGAUUUGUUUGGCAGACGAACUUUUCCGCUCCGGUUGAUAAAUUAUUAAAGGAGAGCUCCAAUGUUCUAGAUGUUGGAUGCGGACCAGGUACAUGGUUAUUGGAAAUGGCCUCAGAAUACCCGGAAUCUAAAUUUAUGGGCAUUGAUAUUUCAGAUGUAUUCCCAACUGAAUGCAUGCCACGAAACGCGGAUUUUCAGACAGCCGAUAUAUUAGAAAGCCUGCCGUUUAAUGAUAACACAUAUGAUUUUGUUUUCAUGCGAUUUUUGAUAACCGCAAUUCCGGAAGACAAGUGGACGUCACAAGUCAUCCCCGAGUUAAUCAGGGUUACUAAACCCGGGGGUUGGAUAGAACUCAUGGAAUCCGACUGUAAAUUAGUAAAUGAAGGUCCCAAUACGAAAAAAUUGACUGAUGCCAUCAUGAUUGCUUUAAAAUCGAGGAAUAUUAAUGGGAAUGCGGGAAAUCUUUUGCCCGGUUUCCUAGGUUCUUCAACCGGAAUAGAUAAAUCUUCGAUCACUCAUGAAACCAACGGUGGUCCAAUCGGUAAUUGGGGCGGAAAAGCUGGAGUAUUGUCGAUCGAUACGUCAUGUAUUUCAUUUAGAUCGUUAAAGUCAUUAGUAAUGCGUUAUAAUCCGGAUGUGGAAGAAAAUUAUUUUUAUAAUCUGGUUGAUAGUUAUUCAAAGGAAGUUGAAGAAUAUGAAACUUCCUGGAAAACUCAUAGAGUUUUCGCAAGGAAAGAUUUAAAAGCAAAUUAA